AUGGCGUCCGUCGCAUCCGAGCGCAUCCCCAUCGCAGCCCUCCACCCUUCCUUGCCCGCCCCAGCUACCAAGUCCAUUACCGCCGUUGUCACCAUCCUUUGGCCGUAUUCCUCGUCAACCCGCACCUGCGCCCUACUUCUCGCCGAUCCUGACUUCCGUCUGCGCCGCCGUCGCGGCCAAGUCCGCGCCCAAUUCUUUGGAGACGCCGCCUACGCCGUUGCGACGUCGCAACUCGGGAUUGGAGACAGAGUAGUGCUGAAGCUCGGCGGUGUACAAUGGCUGCAGUCAAGUGGUGAAGAGGAUGUUGUGCGCACCCCGGGGAAGAGUGUCGACUGGGAAGUGGGUUUCAGAGACAGCCUGGCCAUGCUGGUCACUCGCGACGGCAAGCAAUUCGCAAACAUCCAAGUUGAGCGCAGCACCCCGGAGCCGGAAGAAGUCGAGGUCGAAGAGGAGGCUCUCCUCAAUACUCCGAGCAAGAUUGUCGGCAGAUUCAGCGCUGAGGGAUUGCGCUUCAACACAUGGUCUUCGCCCGCCUUCCUGAGAUACGGCCGCCUCUCGGGCGAGUCGCUCUUAGACUACGAUAUUUUUGCAGAUGAGGAUGAAUCAAAGAGCCGGAAGAGGAGGAGAACAUCCUUCAGAAAUGUUGGCGUUUGGACCUAUGCCGCCCGGACGCCUUCUCCCGAGAAGGGUGACGCCAUGUCUGUAGACGAAGAUGGUCUUGCUAGUCCCAGCGAAAGGGUCUUCGCUUCCGACCCGCACGCUCCUGCACUUCCCGAGACACCCGAGUCUGCAACACAUUUGCUUAACGAGCCUAAAGCCUACGAAGAAGAAGUCUUAGUGCCCGAGUCCUUCCGCAAUGAGCCCAGUGGCGCUCGUCCAGUAGAAAAGGAACACUUGCCGGACAGCAUCAAGGAACAAGAUGACGCUUUGUAUGAGCAAUAUCUUGAAGAGGCUUAUGAAGGCGAGGGAGAGGCCACAGAUGUAGAUGCCUUCCCGGGCGAGCCACAAGAUGAGCUUGCUGCGCAUUUCUCAUUACAGGAUGCUGAAGAUACUCAGGGACAUUCAGAUGCCGAAUCACUACCGUCUGUGGUGACUGACACUGAUGUAGCCGCUCCAAGUGCUGCAGCAUCAGUACGCAUUGAGGAAUCCGCCGGAGAUACAGAGCUGGAGUCGGAUGAGGAUGGCAUUGAGGUCCUUGAGAUGAGUUCCGCCGACAUGAGCUCCGGAGAACGAGGGUCGGAACAUUCCGAAAAUGAGGGUUUAGAAGCAAGGCGUGAUGACGGAGUUCAGUCAGCGCCUAUUCGCUUGUCUACUACAGACGAAGACACGAGCGAAGACCAACAGCUUUCGAUAAGAGCACCCAGUCAACGACGACCGAAUCAACCCAUUGAUUCCAGACCCUUGGGACAACUUGUCGAGUCUGGCGUAGACGAGGGCCAUGAAGCUUGGGAAAAGCUUGCAAGUGACGCAAUUCGAGACGUCAAUACGCCCCGUGGGCAACCUGCGGAUCGCGCUGCUUCGUCUCCGCUGGUAGAAGGAAAGCAAAGCGAACCAACAGAGCCGCGGUCUGCCGAUGUAGAAAACCAGGCAGCAGUCGUAUCGGAGGCAGCUCCUUCGUCUAGUCUCGCUGCAGUAUCCGCUGAUCCUAUCAUGCCCCCACCUGUACUGCACUUGUCAUUACCGGAUGCAACAUCGAAGACUCUCGCAAAAACGCCGCCCAUUGGUCCUGUCAAUGCUCCAUCUACUCCACAGCUGCAACCGGUCACUUCAACAGCUUUACCAUUACCAUCCCCUUUCCCGAGUGCGACAGAACCGUCGUCCUAUAUGGAUGCACGCCCUGACUCGCUCACUGAACAGGCUCCAAGUAUCACUGAUGUCGGCCUGGGACAGCAAGAAGACCAAGUAAUACGACCAGCUACAGCCAUGUCAGUUGCUCAGGCAUCUCAGGAGGCCUUGACAGUUGCGGAAAGUGAACCUGGGGAUCAUGAAACUGACAGAGUGGCCCGAAUGCUACAGCAAGCUCCCAAUGCACCUCAGGAGGAGCCUCAGCUGAACAUACGUGAGACAAUAUCUCAUCCCUUCGGUCUGGAUGGCUCGGUGUUAUCCGCCGUACGCGCACCUCGCAAGGCUUCUCAUGACAAGGUCGAUAUUGUGGAUUUGCAGCAGGAAACUCAGACUGAUAUGUCCGCUACUGGUCCUCCUGUUGAGACCAACACGAAUGUCUACUCACGUCAAAGUACCAAGCUCGAGGGUGGUCAGAGAACAGAAUCUGUCCAUGAUGUUGCGCAGUCGAAAGUACACGAAGACCUGCGUACCCCAGGUUCACGAGAACCGGUUGAUCAAGAGCACGGAUCUCUGAUACUAGAUUCAGAAAAGCAUGCACCUGAAGAGGAACCGGACAUGUAUCCUGCUGUGGAUCAUUUGCCGGAUACGCCUCUGCCUACGUUUGAGGAUGACGAUUGGGACAUGCCAGAUGCCAUGGCUGCAACCCCCUCCGAGGGCGAAUAUACUCCCAGGCCAGAAAACGAAGCCAGAGCUACUGAAGAAACGCCUACCAGUACCCCACAAAAGCGGAUGCGCGACCCAUUCACCUUCCAUGCAGUGAAGCAUCCGGCUUCAUCAGCGGUAGAGAUUGUUGAUUUGGGAAGCGAUAGUUCCGAGGUUGCAGAGGGGUCGUUUGCUGACGUAUCUACGGAUGUGCGAUUAGCUUCGCCGUUUGCUCAUCAGAAGCAAGCUGACGAUCAGAGGCAAACUGAAAUUCAGAGACAAACUGACGAUCAGACAAAAACUGCCGGAACAACUGCCUUGCCCAAAGAACCCAAGCCUACUCGGCUAGCCUCACAGGCAGAUGAACCACCUUUGAAUCAGGCAAAUCUGAGCUCUUCUGUUGGUCUCCCCCAAACUCCGCAAACACGACGCAAGACGCGCCAGCAUACAGAGGAAUCGCCUUCUCAUCCCCGUGAGACGCGUCAGUCGACGAUUGAGACAGUCUCCUUGGCUGGGACGUCUACGCCGUCCACGAGCCAGAAGCGCAGCCUUCGUUCCUCCCUGACAUCACGAACGCCGCGUGCGUCACAAGGAGCUUCCGGGGUUGCGGCUCGUGUUGCUCAGCGACGUAGAAGGAUCGAAGUCAAGGACUCAGAAUGCGAGUGGGAUUCCCAUGCGUCAAUCUCGACUCAAAGGCCGUCAUCGCCAUCCGUUCCUUCCGAUGGCCUUGCACCCCAAGAUUUCGAGCCGUCCGCUGGCUUAGGGCCGAGUCAAAUCCUCGGUGACCUUUCUCAAACGGAGCAGCGGACUCGGGAGGAAAGCAUAGUGCGGCCGUCUAUUAGCCCAAUCACUCCCGUUGCUACGGAACCGACCUCAGACACUUCUCCACGUGCUGCUCAAGGCUCUAUUGAAGAUCCGCAAGAAGCCCAGAAUCUCAGACUUCAGAAAGAGCUGGAAAGUGAUACAGAUGAAGACUUGCUUGCGGAUCGCUCCUCCUCUCCUUUUCCUGAGCUUGGCUUUGUAUGGGGUGCUAAGAAGAAAGACAACACAGGCGAACGCCAACAGUCGUCCCAAGAGCCAGAAACUCAAAGCAGGCAAUCCUCACUUCUUCAAGACAGCUUCGACAAGGCUGGCCCUGUACCUUCUUCGAUGCUGCAAGACGAUUCAAGCGUUCUACGUGCCAUGAGAACCUCGCAAUUUCCGUUUGAAACUAUGAGGGAGGAGCAGACCACGCAAUCAAUAGGAAAUGACGAGUCCCAAGAGACCGUGCAGGCUCGGUCUCCCAUUACAUCUAAAGAGGUUGUGCAUGGCAGUCAAGUUGAAGCUGUUGCGGCUUCGCCGCACAAGUUCGCCGAUGAGUCUCAGAUCGCUGAUGACGCAGCUCAUACCCGCCAAACUCCGAUGGUGGAACAUGAGCUGCUGGAAGCCGUGCGGUCGUCACCCCCGGUUGAGCCCGCUCUUGAUCCGGCGAAACCAGCAAACCGUCCCCAGCCUCUACAAGAAAGCAGCAUCCUCACCCCCGAAGCGAGCCAGUAUACCACCGAGGCCAGCUGGGAACCAUCCCAGGUGCAGCCUGAUGUGCAAGAAGCACGUGGCGGCAAUCAUCUCCCACCCACUCCUCGUCUGACGCAAGCAUCGCACUCGAGUCCCAGCGCCUCUCAAGCAACGGACACGAAAACCGUUGUUCAACCAAGCGUCGAACAACCCAGUCAAGACACCAUUGUCGCCGACAACGCUGUUGCAUUGUCUCACUCACCUAAGUUGACGGACGACACGACCCUCAUCGAGCCCAGCCAGUCACAGAAACCCUCGGCCACAAUGGCUGGCUCACCCAAACUGGCAGAUGGAACUACCCUCAUCGAGCCCAACCAGUCGCAGAAACCCGUCGCCGCCACCAAACACGCGUCCCCGCCGCCUCAUCCCUCCCCCUCCCAACAACAGCUCCAGGAAUCCCUCUCCCAAGGCACCCGCACCACGUACUCAUACUUCACCUCGCUCGCCAACCUGCGCCCGUACGUCAACUCCCCCUCCCAGCUCGUCGACGUCCUCGCCGUCUGCACCCGCCCCAACAAAGCCCCCGUCCGCGCCGCCGCCGGCCCGCGCGACUACCACACCAUCUUCAGCAUCACGGAUGCGAGCUUGCUCGACCUCAGUGAUGGUGGUGGUAGUAGUGGUGGCGUCGGCGGUGAGGGCGGUGGUGCCCUCACCGCCGACGCCACCACCGCCGUCCGCGUCCAAGUCUUUCGCCCGUGGAAAGCGGCGCUGCCAGAGCUCGACGUCGGCGACGCGGUGCUGCUGCGCGGCUUCGCGGCCAAGAGCAGCAAGAAGGGCGCGAUGCUGGUGAGCGGCGAGGAGAGCGCUUGGUGCGUCUUUCGGUAUGGGUCGGGGGGGAUGCAGGCGCAGUCGCGGUCGCAGUCGCAGUCGCAGUCGGCCAGCAAGAACGAUGGCGAGGCAGAGGAAAAGAAACAGCAGAAGAAACAGAAGCGGAAGAGCACCAUCGAGGACUCGACCCGGCCGAUUUGGGCGGAUGUCAUGAGCGGGCUUUGGGGCGCGGUCGUGCCUUCGACGCAGGAGGGGGAGGGGGAGGGGGAGAUGGAGAAGGAGAUGGAGGAGGAGGAAGAAGAGGGGCCACACCAGCUACGGGGCGGCUCGUCGGAAGACAGAAAUGGGGUGGAUGCUGGUGGACUGGUCGACAACGACGAUGACAAUGACAAGAAGGCGCUACAGCGUCGCCAUAAUCGUGGCCACUAUAAUCCUAUCAGCGGCGCGACGAAGGAAGAGGUGCACGGGCCGCCGGUUGAGUAUGGCGAUGAGGAGAGGAGGCGUGCGCGGGAGAUGAGGGAGUGGUGGAUUAGUGGCGGCGGUGGCGGCGGUGGCGGUGGUGGCGGUGGUUCUGCUGCUGCUACUCCUGCUGUUGUUGCUGGUAGGCAGGAUGUCAGGGUUGAGAAAGAAGAAGGAGGAGCGACGAAGGGUGGAAGCUUGGGAGACGAGGGGAAGAAAGAAGACAUCAGCGAGAGCGCGGUGGAAGGGAGAGGGGAGGUGGAGGAAGAAGAAGAAGGGACGAAGCGAGAGGAAGAGGCAAUCGCCUCGGCUAGGGACAUCUUUCGGAGCUUUCUAUGA